UUUCACCCUUCUCUCUCUCUCUCUCUCUAAAAACCUUCAACUGCAAAUCAAACCAACUCCUCCAUCUCCAUCUCCAUCUCCCUCCUCUUUCUCUCUCCUCCCUCCCUCCCUCACAUGAGCGAUUCGUGCUAGCUGCUGUUGCAGGCGGAUAUAGAGAUAGAGAGAUAGAGAGAGAGAGAGGGGCAGAGGGCAUGGGGAAGUACAUCCGCAAGGCCAAGGCGGCCGGCGAGCUCGCCGUCAUGGAGGCCACCCAGUCCUCCCUCGGCGUCCGCACCCGCGCCAAAACCCUCGCCUCCCAGCGCCUCCAGAAAUCUCCCCCCGCCACCGCCACCGCCACCGCGACCGCCCAGCCUCCUCCGCCCCCGCCGCCGCCGCCGCCGCCGCCCGCCGCGGCGGCCAGCUGCUCCGGCUCCUACCUCCAGCUCCGCAGCCGGCGGCUCCCGAAGCCGCCGAUCCUCGUGCGACCGAGCCACUACUCGAAGCGGCAGAGGAAGGUCGUCGGUCCCUCGGCCAAGAGCCCCAGCCGGGCGUCGAGCCCUAACCCUAGGGCGCGCUCGCGGUUGAGAGUCGGGUCGAUGGAGUCGGUCGGGUCGUUCUUGAGCAACAGCGAGGGCGGCGGCGGCGACAAGAGCAAGGGCGGCGGCGAGGAGGCCAAGGAUGAGGGGAAUGCGGCGGAGAACGAUAACGAGUGCAGCAGUAAUGCCGAUUUGGGGGUUGGAGAGGCUUCUUUCGGCGAUAACGUUUUGGAAUUUGAAGGCAGAGAAAGGAGUACUAGGGAAUCGACACCCUGUAGUUUGAUUAGAGACCCCGAAGCUGUGAGAACGCCUAGUUCUACUACCAGGCCCACCACCUUAACUGAGACUAACCGAAGAAUACAUAACGUUGACGGCAGACAUAUCCCGACGACACAUGAAAUGGACGAGUUCUUUGCUGGUGCAGAAGAAGAGCAGCAGAAAAUUUUUAUUGAGAAAUACAACUUUGACCCAGUGAACGACAAACCGCUGCCAGGACGCUUUGAGUGGCGGAAGUUGGAUCCGUAGGAGAUGCUGCAACUCUUCAGUAGUAAUCAUCCUGUGAAUUCUAGGCCAUUGUUUAGCUCUAGGGCUUGAAAGGUAGCGGGAAGUAAGUUUAAUCGGUGAAUGCGGUGGCGUUAUUUCCAUUUUCCAUCGCCCCCUUCUUUAUUACUUUGUAAAGAAAAGAAGUAGGACGCGAAAAUUUGUGUAGACUAAUGAUCUGUAACAUAACAGAGGGUUAUGAGUGAGCGUGACUCAUGACAAAAGAAAAAACAAAUCCAAAGUCCUUUGGCUAACAGAUCAUCCAUGUGACAGGGGAAGGGGAUGUGGGAAGCUUGUUAGGUGUCAGCUUCAGGGUAAAACCUUUUUAGUCAACUAGGUCUAGUUUCUCUCUCUUAUGGUACAGAUGUCUCCAAAAUUUGCUCUUCCUUGUUUUCUCUUUUCUUCUUCUCUCUUGUAAUGUAUCUCUGUCUUCCCCCCUUUUUUUUUCUCUUUGUUUGUCCAUACUUGUACUGAUGGAACCCUAAAAGAAGCUCCUUUGGAAUAAACAUGACCCAUAUUUCCCCAUCUCCCUUCUUUCCUGUUCUCUUGUCUUUAGUUCCAUCAUCUUCUGCUCUUCAACAGUUAGGAGUUUUGGCCUCUUCAUGUAUUCCUUUGAGAUAAGUGCAUGACCUACAUUAUAACAUGAUUCCCGCUGUUCUUGA